AUGGAAUAAUAUAGAGAGAUACAUAAUUAGAUACUACGAAGUAGUGGGAAAGAGGAACACAGGAAAGUGGAUACCAACAGAAUUAGAAAAGUACCAAAUUAUGGUUAUUUUGAUCAAUGGAGAUACUCGAAUGUGAGGUGUAAUGAACAUUAAGAUCAAUGGUUCAAUAGAGAACACAUCUUAGAACAUCUGGUAACCGGGUGGCCCAAUGGAUAGAAGUGGGCCAUGGAGCUGGAAGAGUUAAAUGAGUGGAUUCUGAGUGAGAAAAACUUUGGAAUUCGUUGUGCUGAAAAGAAAAAUAAGAUUAUGAGAUAUAUUUCCAAUAAGAUAAGGAAAAUUAUAGAAUAACAUGGGAUUUUCUUUAACAAGAAAUAACAGAGAUGGGAUAAGAAAGAGGAUUAGAAUGAUUUUUGA